AUGCGUCUGAACAUUACGACGCCCGAUGAGCGUCAUGAGGAUGCCUGUACGUGUGUGGCUGUGUCUUUGAUGGGCGACGUCAUCAGUGCCGGCGACGACUUUGUGCUUCGUCGCUGGAGCUCGGCUGGCGAGCCACUUGGCAAAGUGCAUCAGUUCGACAGCUGCAUUACGUACAUCACGUGGGUUCCUCUGCAGGGCGGCCGGAGAGGGCGGGGAGCAGCGGGGGGGACACUUGAAGGAAAAGACAACUGCCUUGUAGCGUGCGCUGAUGGGACCUUUUGUUUUUUGAACGCGGCAUCUGGUCGUGUGGAGCGCACCGUUGAGGCGCACGUUGGUACGAUAACUGGACUUGUGUACUCUGCAGAUGCCUCUUCCAUUGUGUCCUCGGGGGAGGAUGGGUGUGUGAAGGUGUGGUCGCAGGCCGGUAUCCCGCGCACAACGCUGGUUUCCGUCGGGAAGUGCAUCUACGCCCUUUGCUGGGGGUCGGAAACGACUGAGCUCGGGGGUGACUGCGUGCUGUACUGCUUUGGCAGCGACGUAGUCAUUAAGCCACUUAACCCAACAGUGAAAAAGCAAUUAAAGUGGAAGGCCCACAACGGAGUUGUGCUGGCCGUGGAUUGGUCGCUCAUGACGGGAUUUAUCGUUACCGGUGGCGAAGAUGGGACGUAUAAGGUGUGGGAUCCUUGUGGUCGCAGUAUUUACGUCUCCGCUGCGGGUGGGCAUCCGUGUACGGCAGUCAAAUUCGCAGCUGACGGUGAAAUGUUUGCUGUGGGCUCCUUUAUGUGCCUGCGCGUGUGCGAUAAGACGGGAUGGAGUCAUACUUACGAGCGACUUGCAGAGGGCAGUGCCCUGUCCCUCCAGUGGACGGCGGAUGGAACCCAGGUGGUGGUGGGGUGUGGUAGUGGCACGGUUUGCACGGCACAGCUUGUGGACCGUAAAUUGUACUGGGGGCAGUACUGUGUGACCCUCGUAGAUGGCAACAAACUUUUGGUCCAGAACGUUUUCACAGACACCGUGGAAGAACUGGAGCAGCGUGACAAGGUCAUCAAGGUAGAGCUAGGCCACGGGCAUCUCGUGGCGUGCACCACCACGCAAUGCGUGUGCUACCCAAUUGAGAAACUCUCCGCACCUGUGCAAUUCGAUCUUCGCGACGUCGUGAUUACGCUCAGUCUCGGGGCAAAGCAGUUUCUUUUGGCCGACUGCAACGCCGGGAUGCAGGUUUACUCUUACGAAGGACGACAGAUAUGCGUGCUGCGUCUGCAAGCAUCUCUUCGACCGGAGAUCAUGGCACCUGACCUGGUCUCCUUGUCUCCGGACACUGUGGCUAUUCGCAGCCCGGCGGACCCCAAAAAGAUUCUUUUCUUCGACACCAAUCACGGCAAACCGGUUGAUAACGCCACCAUUACACAUCAUCUCGAGGUGCAGUCGCUGGAGCUUUCGCAGCCUGGCUCCAUGAGUGACCGAAAAAUUGCCUUUGUAGAUCGUAAUCGUGACCUCUACUUUGGUUCAAUGCAUCAGCGACUCGGGGUGCAGAAAAUUAGCACCAUGACCUCGAGUUUGGCGUGGCACGAUCGGCACGAGAUUCUCAUCGCCAUUGCGGACGGCCACCUCACGACGUGGUACUACCCGACGAUUGUCUUCUCCGACCGCGACUUGCUGCCCACCACAAAGACGCUGCGAGACGACGGUGUGGAUGACUUUUCCCGCAAUGACCGCAUCGUCUCCUUUGAUGGGACGCGCGUGAGCGUGCGUCGUGGCGUCGAUGGGGCGCUGUUGACCUUCAACACCUCCCCAUACCCCUCCAUGGUCUUUGACCACGUUGCCCAACACGACUGGAAUGGCGCGAUUCGUCUGGCGCGCUUUUUAGAUGACAAACCAUUGUGGGGGAUUUUAACGGGUCUGGCGCUGCGACAAGGCGAGCUGAACGUUGCGGAGGUGGGCUAUGGCGCGCUGUUUGAGCUCGACAAGGUGCGCUACAUCCGUCACUUGAAAAGUAUUCCCACUCCUGAGGGACGACAGGCCGAAUUGGCGUUGUUUCAGCGGCGACACGCCGAGGCGGAACGUAUUCUGCUCCACGCCGGACUCAUCUAUCGCUGCAUCGACAUGCACACACGUUUAUUUAACUGGGAGCGGGCGUUGGAGAUUGCGAUGGAGCGCAAAACGCAUGUCGACACGGUUCUGGCACGUCGCCAGAGGUACCUGGAGGCCGUGGGCAAAGAGGAGACAAUUCCGCUCUUCAAGGAACUCGCGACGUCGGUGAAUGUGGACUGGGCCACGGUGGUCGAGAAGGUGAAGCAGGAGCUGGUGAAGGAGUCACAGCGCCCUGGUGCCAGGCCGUAUCAAUAG